AACAAACUCUUUUCUGUUAGGUUAACGGGAAAAUACUAAUUUUUGUGAUCUCACUCCUUUUAAUUAAGAAUGCUGUUUCAAACUUACUUCUUUCUCAUUAUGACGACGCUACUUUUCACUACUGCACAUUCACGAGGAUUAUCCAAACAAAUAGGUGAAUAUGAAAAGGCAGCGGGUCUAUCACCCGAUAACAAAGUUCCAUGUGAAAUGCCGGCCAUUACACAACAACUUCCAACUCGAAUUCGAUCAAAAAUCGAAUUAAUUUGGCAAAACGUGGAAAGAGGUGGAGAUUGUUGGAUUGAGAUGGCUCAAACAAGAAAUGCUCUCCUCCGACUAACGUCUGCUGAAAAAUCAGUAAUCCUUCGGAAAUCAAGAAAAGAGUGCAAAGUUCCGUCUGUUGUACAAGCUCUUCCAGAAAAAUAUCAAAAGAAGAUUUCGGACAUUUGGGAGAAAAAUAUAAAUGAGAAAGUGAAGAAAGAGAAAGACUGUUGGGAUCAACAAAAGAAAACGAGACUUCUACUUCUCAACCUUCCAAUGGGAGUGAAGUUUCAUCCACCAGCUUUCGAGUGUGCUCUUCCACACUUCUAUAAUCGACUGGAGCAGAGUUUACAGGAAAAACUGAGAGAAAUUUGGAAGGGAUACAAAAAAGGAAGAAGCUGUGUAGAGCAAAUUGACAAACAAAUUCAACUUCUGGAAGCAAAUGAUAUUUCAUUGAAAUCAUUUCAGAUGCCUCCUCCAUCAAUGUUUAGAAAACAACGAGAAGCUCGAAGAAAGUUAAGAAGACGCUCAAAUGUUGCUUGAUUUUGGAAAUUUAAUGUUUUGUUUGUAAUAUUUAAUAACGAAGAAAAUAAUAUCAAAAAUGCGGGACGAGAUGUGUUUUACAAUUUUACAAAAAUAAUCGUUGCAUUGUGGUUGUGCUUUUGAUAUCAUGCUUUCUAGUUUUUAUCGGUGAAUUUGUAUAUAUUUUUUUUAAGUUGAAAUGAAUGUACAUAUACUUUUUGCAAAUGUGAGAAUUUGAUAUUGAUUGUGAGAUGAAAAUAAUAUUUGAAAAA